AUGAUUACGAUAUAUUUCACCUUAUUCAGCUUCGUUAUCACUGAAACGCGCUUAACCUCUACUGACAUGUACAACAUUGUAAACGACCGACUUACGAAAAAUAUCAACCGUAAUGGAACAAAAGCUACACCAACGUCAACAUAUUCAAAUAACUUCAUUAAGUCACUGCCAUCCUUUUCCACCAACCAACGUUGGUUUAUAAAAAAUAUCAAUAGUAAUGGAAAAAAAGCUAUAUCAAAGUCAACGUAUUCAAAUGAUUUCAUUAAAUCACAACCAUCUAUUUCCACAAAACAACAUCGAUUUAUGAAAAAUGUCAAAAAUAUACAUAAUGGAACAAAAGCUACGUCAACAUUAGCACACAUUAAUGAUGAUAUUGCUGUGAAUAAUUCAAAUAAUGUCAACAAAUUACUGUUAUCCACCCACAAAAAGAAGCUGGUACCACUGGUAGCGUAUGGUAUCUACCGUCCUGUUUCUUAUUAUGAUCUUUCGGAAUGGACUUUUCGUAUUUUGAAUGGUUAUGACGACGGCUACUUAAUACAAAUAUUCGAGGAUUGUGAUUACGUGAUUUUUACAAAAAUUGUUAAGGUUAAUAAGCCUGAAAAUUUUGUGGUAUCACCUCCACCAAAAGCUAACGUGAUAAUUGUGAAUGAAAAAUAUCUGAUUAAUGAGAAUAAGAUUCAUAUCAUGGAUCUAAACAGUCCAUAUGUAACUAAACAAAAAUACUUAUUGAAAAAGAACAGUGAGUAG